AUGUCCGACAGCAAGGAACUUUCCCACCCUAUGAUCAAGGACGGCUGGUUCGCCGAGAUCUCAGACACCAUGUGGCCUGGCCAGGCCAUGUCGUUGCGUGUCAAGAAGGUGCUCAACGCUGAGCAGACCAAGUACCAGGACCUCCUCGUGUUUGAGUCCACGGACUACGGCAAUGUGCUAGUCUUGGACGGCGCCAUCCAGGCUACUGAGAGAGACGAGUUUGCCUACCAGGAAAUGAUUGCUCACUUGGCUCUCAACUCGCAUCCAGACCCUAAGAAGGUCUUGGUCAUCGGAGGCGGGGACGGUGGUGUCUUGAGAGAAAUUCUCAAGCACGACGGCGUCGAAGAGGCUGUCUUGUGCGACAUUGACGAGGGAGUCAUCCGCAACGCCAAGAAGUACUUGCCAAACAUGUCUUCGAGCUUUUCCCACCCUAAGGUGAAGGUCCACAUUGGCGACGGCUUCAAGUUUUUGGCCGACUGGAAGAACACCUUCGAUGUCAUCAUCACCGAUUCCUCCGACCCAGAGGGCCCUGCUGCUUCCUUGUUUGAGAAGCCUUACUUCGAACUUUUGUCUGACGCUUUAACUGAAAAGGGUGUUAUCACUACCCAAGCCGAAAGCAUCUGGAUCCAUCUUGAAAUCAUCAAAAACUUGAAAACCGCAUGCAAGGCUGUUUUUCCUAACGUGGACUAUGCAUAUUGCACCAUCCCAACAUAUCCUUCCGGCCAGAUCGGUUUCAUGGUCUGCUCGAAAAACAAGGAGGUCAACUUAAAGGCUCCUUUGAGAUCGGCAGACCCUGAAACAGAAAAGAAGCUUUACAGAUACUACUCAAAGGAAAUCCACGAAGCUUCUUUUGUCCUUCCAAACUUCGCCAAAUACGCCCUAGAAUAA